AAGCGAGUCAUCGUCUCCAGCGGCCACGCCACGCGCUUCCCCCGCCCUAUUUUACUCGCCUCCCUCCGCUCCCCCCUUCCUCUCCUCCACCCCCCUCCAAGUCUCCUCCCUCCUCAAUCCCCUCCGCCUCAACCCGCGACGAUCCCGCUCGCUCAGGUUACCACCACCACCCGCCUCUCGCCAUGGGCGCCGCCGACGAGCACCACGAGGAGGCAAGCCCCCUCUUAGCCCCGCCCGCCGACGAGAAGCUCCCCCCGGCGCAGGAUCCCGCCAAGGGCUGCGCCGACGGGGUCCCCGUCGUCAUGGGCGAGCCGGUCGCCGCCCCCGCCGGUGACGCGCCACGGGACAGCUGGGACUCGGGGAUCCUCUCCUGCCUCGGCCGCAACGACGACUUCUGCAGCAGCGACCUCGAAGUCUGUCUUCUUGGAAGUGUAGCACCAUGUGUGCUGUAUGGCAGCAAUGUUGAGAGGCUUGCAGCAGCACCAGGGACUUUUGCAAACAGUUGCUUGCCUUACACUGGUCUCUAUAUGCUUGGGAACUCUCUCUUUGGGUGGAACUGCCUAGCCCCAUGGUUCUCUCAUCCCACUCGUACAGCUAUUCGUCGAAGAUACAAUCUUGAGGGUAGCUUUGAGGCUUUCACUAGGCAAUGUGGGUGCUGCCGCGGCCUCGCCGAGGACGAGGAGAGGCGUGAGCACCUGGAGGUCGCCUGCGACCUUGCGACCCACUACUUCUGCCACCCUUGCGCGCUCUGCCAGGAGGGUCGUGAGCUGCGCCGCAGGGUUCCCCACCCUGGCUUCUACGGGCGCUCUGUCGUCGUCAUGAUGCCACCUACGGAGCAGACUAUGGGGCGUGCCAUGUGAACUGGUCCAGCUCGUACCUGCUCUUGUGCGCCUUGAUGUUGUGUUGUCUUGGAUCUUUUCACCUUCCAUUCCGUAAAUACAGAAUAAUGUCAUGUCAACAUGUUGUAAUGUGAUUAUGUGAAUGUGAACCUCAACUGUUUCUAUUCGUUA